AGUGAAUAUAUUCUGUGCAUGUGGUGUGCUUUGGAGUGUAGUUGCACUUGCUCGAAUUUGUGGAUGUUGGUGUUUACAAAUCUUUAAUGCAAUGCCACCUAAAGCCAAACCCGCCCAACCUAGUAAAAAGACGGUCGAAAAGAAGAAGGAGAAAGUUAUAGAAGAUAAAACAUUUGGUCUAAAAAAUAAAAAAGGUGCAAAACAGCAAAAGUUUAUCCAACAAGUGCAGCAUCAAGUUAAAAAUGCUGGUGCUGCGAAGAAGAAUGAUGAACUCAAGAAACAAGAAAAAGAAAAGAAACUGAAGGAACAGAAAGAAAUGAAUAUGUUAUUUAAACCAGUUUCAACACAGAAAGUUGAGAAAGGUAUAGAUCCCAAGUCUGUGUUGUGUGCAUUUUUUAAGCAAGGCCAGUGUACAAAGGGAGAUAAAUGUAAAUUUUCCCACGAUUUAUCAUUAGAACGUAAAGCAGAGAAGCGUAGUAUGUAUGUAGACAUGCGUGAUGAUGAAGAUACAAUGGAGAAUUGGGAUGAAGAAAAACUGAAAGAGGUUGUUGAAAAAAAGCACGGUGAACAAGAAAGGAAAAUGCCUCCAACUGAUAUUAUAUGUAAGUACUUCAUAGAUGCCCUGGAGAAGAGCAAAUACGGAUGGUUUUGGCAGUGUCCAAAUGGCACAGGCUGCAUUUAUAGGCAUGCACUGCCACCAGGUUUCGUAUUGAAGAAAGAUAAAAAGAAAGAAGACAAAAAAGAUGAGAUUUCAUUAGAAGAUCUGAUAGAGCGAGAGAGAGCAGCACUUGGUGCACCUUUAACGAAAAUAACUUUACAAACUUUUACCACUUGGAAGAAACGUAAACUGAAGGAAAAGAAGGAAGCUGCAUUGAAAGAGGAAGAAAAGAAAAGAAUAGACUUCAAAGCUGGACGCCAGAUUGGUAUGUCGGGAAGAGAGAUGUUUUAUUUCAACCCUGAGCUCGCAGCGGCAGAUCAAUGUGAAGAAGGUGAUGAAGCAUUUGACAGUUAUAAUUUGCAAGAAGAGGAUGAACAGAGGAAUAUUGAGUACCGCGAAAUACGGCUUGAUUUCCUGGGACUGGAAGCACAAGAGGUUGACGGAACUGGAACACAAGCCAAGGAAGAUAGGCUGAAGCAGGCUGCUGCAGAGCACAUAUCUACAAAUGGUUAUAUAAAUGAAGGUGACAGUGAGGCUUCAGCAGUUCCUAUUAAUGAAAGUCUUUUCCUUGAUGAUGAUGAAGACCUGGAGGCUCUUGAGGCUGAACUGAAUGCAUUGGAAAUGGAACACUGACCUUGGAAUGGUGUCAACUCAUUCAUUGCCCUGAAAUCGUAGCAUAUGUAUAUUUGUUUAUAUACCCUAUAUUUCUGCUGAGUUGACACUGUAACAGAUCACUCCGAUUCUAUUGCAGCAUUAAAGAAAUGUUGUGAAAGGUGGCAGUAACAGUUUGUAGUUUUUAUUUAUCCAAUGUUCUUAGAUGAUUACAAACAUGUUCAGACCUGCCAUUCAUCGGUUUUGUUGUGUUGUGUGAUACAGCUAUCUAAUGCAAACUAUGACUGAAUGUAAAUGUUUGACAUCCUCUUGAACACUCUCCGUGCUUAGCAAAUUGAAAUAAAUAACGUAGUAGCAAUUA